AUGAAUGAAUGUUUAUUCUCACAAUGGGCAAAGGUAACUCCCAUUCCCAAACAAUGGGCAUCUUCGAUCUGUCAAGCCAUAAACUCCAUUUCCGGGUUGAAGAAAUGCGUCGUCACGGCAUCCAUGGACCCUCUUCCUCCACCGCUAUUUCUUCACCUACUACGUCCAUAUUCCCUCAAUGCCAUCGGGUUGGGCAACGGACCUGAACCUGAUCCAUCCACUCUAAUCAAUGACUUCACCAGAUUCUGCUAUCAAAGAGACCUCCUCAGAGCCAUGACAGCUUUGCAUUCUAUGCAAAACCACAAAAUAUGGGCCGACUCCAUCACCUAUUCCGAGCUCAUCAAGUGCUGCUUGGCUUGCUGCGCCAUUGAACAAGGUAAACUCGUCCACAAACACAUUUUCUCUGACGGGUACCAGCCCAAGACGUUCCUGCUCAACGUUCUUCUUAACAUGAGUGCUCUCAUUGAUAAUUACUUGAAAUGGGAUGACUGA